AUAAUUGAUGAACUUUUAAAAGAUAGUGAUAGUCUAAACGAAGAUGACAAUGAUGUUUCAAACAAGAGUAAUAAUAAUUCAAAUGAAGACAAUAAUGAGGACGAUAAUAAUAUUUUAAAAGAGGAUAGUGAUAAGGCUUAUAAAGCUAUUACACCUUCAAAAUUGAUACCAAUUCUAGAAAAAGAAGCUACUGGAUUAAUGUUUACUUUAAAAAUGGGAACAAAUAGAAGAUCAAUGUUGGUUUUAGAAAAAAUGAUUUCUAGACCAGUAUCUUUAGAUUUGAGAGCUAAUAACAAAAAUGAAUUCUUGUUCUCUAAACCAAAAUCAGCUUUAGAAUCAAGAACUAAUAGUCAAGAUGACUUUACAUUUUUAAGAAGAGUUCUUUCAAAACUAAAUUCAACUCAAUUGGGUAUUAAUAGUCAAGAAAAGGUUCUUUCAAGAUCAAAUUCAAGACUUCUAUCAGGUGUCAAUAGUCAAGAUGAUGAUUAUUUCGUUCUUUUAAGAUUGAAUUUAAAACUAAAUUCAAGAUCUCUAUCAGGUAUUAAUAGUCAAGAUGACGACUAUUUUGCUUCUUCAAAAAGAAGAACAAAUAGUCCUGAUUAUUAUGAUCUCUCAAAUAGAGCAUUAUAUUUAAAACCUAUGAGGUUGUCACCUUUAAG